UAAAUCAGUGCCGAUUCAGUUGGGUCAAGUUAGUCGAUACAACCAAACCGUACAAAAAUGUUCAACAAAUCGAUCGUUGUCGUGGCCCUCAUUGUGUGCGCCUGCUACCUGGGCACCAUCGAAGCUCGUCCUGGCCUCCCUGACUUGGGUGGAGCAACUGGAGCAGUUGCUCCCCUAUUGACAUCAGCUGCCGGUGGAUUAACUGGUGGAUUGGCUGGAGGUGCACUGCCGUCAGUGACUGGUGCACUCGGUGGCCAGCAAUCACCUUUGGGAUUGGUACAAUCACCUCUAGCUGGACUCACCGGCUAAGCCAAAGUAAAACUUUAAACGUGCUGAAGAAGCAACCUCUUGCCAAGCCCAAAAAACUUUUCUUACAAUGCCUACUCAAUUUAGUAUAAUUUGUCAAAUUUCAAUUGGAAAAAUAAACUUUUGAGCAUUUAAAAAAAA